AUGGUUCAGGUCUAUCUAAGUCUUGAAAAGCUAGCUAUCAAGCUGGCACAGGUCGGACUCAUUCAGAGUCCACUCGAGUUCCGUACCUUUGCGCAACGCUUCAACAUUAAUCAGCCUUUGUUUAGUAUUAUUGACGUCGGUCAAGGUAAAGAGCGGGCUGAUCAUAAGAUUAAAGAAAUGCUUCGCACCUUUAGCGACAAUCCUACUUGCCGUCAUAUCAUCUUCGGGGGAUGCCAUGAUGGCGGCUAUCUCCCAAAUCUCGAUCGUAUCAAACAUGACCCCAUCAAAGCCGGCCGAAUCACACUUUUAGCAACGACGCCCAUGCUCAAAGGUUUUGCGGAACUGACGAGUUUCAAAUCUACUCGCUUCGAGACUGUCUUCAAAUCUGAGCCUCUUCCUGAUUUACCUGUAUAUCCCGUUAUUGCCUCCAGCUCGAGACCGCUAAACCAAGUCUCGGCACGACCGCCCCUGCGACCCACGGUAAAUCAAGACACCUUAUCUGAACCGAGCCCUGGGGCCUCUGCCGUCAGUACUUCUCGGAGCACGACGCCGUCAACGGCCACUGCAGAAUCGGGCGAGGUAAAAGGAGAUUCAUGGGCAAGCGUCGGAAAGUCCGGCGCCCCCUCCAACGGCAACAUCUCCAUCGCCCCCACCUCCACAAAAAAGACGACCAAAAAAUACACCUACUACAACAAAGAGGGCCAGCGACUCGACCUGCCCCUCCCGCCCAAAGACGCCGCCGCCUACCAAUCCCUAGAGGCGCGUAUGAAGAAGUCGGGCAAGAAGCUCUGCAACCACUGGCAUCUUGGCGGUAAAUGCGAAAACGGCGAUCAUUGCAUGUUUCAGCAUGAACCGAAGCUUACGCCCGCUCAGCUGAAUGUUUUGCGGUAUAAGACGCGUAGUUUGGCUUGUAAGAAUAGGUAUUGUGAGAAUAUUGAUUGUUAUCUCGGACACCAAUGCGCCCUAGAACGCGACCAGGGCUACUGCUCCUUCUCCGAUGAAUGCCAUUUUCGCGCCUCGCACGGUAUGGAUCCCGUCAAGCAUAUGCGCUACGACCGCGCUGGGAAUGUGGAAUACGGACCUUGGAGAUCUUGA